CGAGGGGGGAGGAGGGCGCCCAGUCUCCUAGUUGCUGAGGUGUGUGCUACUUUUACUAGGUAGCUACCUACGUAAGUAAGGUGAGGGAGGUAUGGUGGUGAGCGAGUACAUAAGGCGGGAGGGGGAAGCUCUCCUUCUCCUCAUUUCUUCUCGACCCAGUUGUUAAAUCAAACCACCAUCGCCAUCAUCUUCACAUAGACGUCUGUUUAGACCAGUACAUACAAACCGCCACCUCUCUUUCCACCACCAGAACAAACCAAACCGUCAACAUGCCCGCUCCCGAGGCUCCCCAGCAGCAGGCCCCCAUGGAGGUCCCCGUUGAGAACGGCAUCGUCACUCAGCAGCCCUCCGCCGAGCCCCAGCCCGAGAUGGGUCUCCGUGGUGGUGAGGAGGCUGGCUGCGAGCUCUGCUGCGGCCUCUGCGGCUGCGAGGAGUCUUGCUGCUAAGCAAUUCCUUUCCACACGAUUGACGGGAAGAUGACAGUGGAGGAGAUGAAACUUAUGGGAAGAACCUGAGGGUCACCCACCCUUUUUCCGGCGUUUAGGGGCGAUUUACCACCAUCACCUACCGAUUCUAGGAGGAGAAGGGGAAUGACUUGGAGAUUUUGGAAUGCCAUUAUAUAUAUCACCGAUAAACAAUCGAAUAUAUUACACUUUCACAUCA